AUGACAUGACGUGACGUGUGGUGUUCCGCACAAACUUAAAAAUAUUUUUAGGAAAAAUUACAUGCCCAUUAUCUACGAGAGCGUUGAAAAUGAAAACGGAAAGGGAAACAAAGCCCCACAAAAAAUCAAAGUAAUUCAAGUUUGCCUAUGGGGACUAAAGCCAUACAACUACGGAAAACUCGACAAGGAAGUCCUUUUGAUUAACGCCAGAGUGGAGAGCCUGCAGUCGAAGAAGUCGUUCAACGUGCUGAUCAAUAAGAAUCGAUGCGCCGUUGUGGUUAACGGCUACUUCGAAUGGAUGGACAUCAAGGGCUCCUCAAAAAGAAUCCCAUAUUUUGUAUUUUUUGGAAAGGAUGACAAUUCUUCUGAAGAAGUAACCGAAGGGAAACUCGAAACGAAAGUUGAGGAAUUAGCCGUGGAAAAAACGGAAGAAAAGAGCGAAGAGAAAAUUAUCCCCAGCAUAAAGGAAGAGGGAGUGACCAUUAGAAUUAGGGUUAAGCAAGAAAUCGAGUCGGACGAAAACAACAAAGGUGAAAUUAAGAAGGAAGAGAAAGACGAAGAGGAAGAAGAGGAAGUAAAAGAGGAGGUAAAGGAGGAAGAGGAAGAAGAGUCCCCGAGCAAUGAAGAAGAAUCAGCGAUAGCGGAUAGGGGCGCUCCAAAAAGAAAAAAAGAAGGAAAGGAAAAGAGUAAGAAAAAAAAAAUUAAAACAGAGCUACCCAGCGAAGGUACUUUUAAAAGAGCAAAUAAUUCAGAUCUAGAUGAAGAUGACGAGGAGGAGAAGUCCCAUGUAAUAAUUGCAGGCCUUUACAGCAUCUCGAACACAGACAAAAAGGAUUGCAGAUACACCAUAAUUACUACCGCUUGCGAGAAUUCCUCCCUGAGAGACAUCCAUGACAGAUGCCCGCUUUUGCUGAGCGAAAACACCCUGGGCUUGUGGCUGGACGUGGAAAAAAAAUACGAAGACAUUAUAGAAAGUGUCAAGGAGGAGCACCAAGUUGUUUCGAACAACUUAAAGUUUAGGGAAGUUAAGAGCUGGACUGAUUAUGCAACCAAAUCGAAAAGGGCCAAGAAGGCCGCCAAGGCAGCCAUUGCAAAGCAGGCAAAGAAGUAA